UAAGCUGCUCGCUGUUAAAUUUACGGGAUGGAGUUUGAUGUGGCGAAACUGUAUGACCCACCAACAUGAGUUUAGUCAUGUCAAGAAUGAGGAAAGGCGUUCAUGUUGCGAAGUGAACAAGCCCACAGGGAACAGAGACGACUCGAGUCUAAUCGACUCCGUUACUCUCCAGCCAUGGGAGCUUUUUCAGACAGUCUCCUGAUACUGUUUCUCUCUUUGUUAUCGGCAUCAAACGUUUUCGGUUCCAACAUCUGCACCUCACAAGGAGUCACCACAUGUCAACAUUGCUUGGCUGUUCAUCCUACGUGUGCCUGGUGCUCUCAGGAGGAGUAUGGCAAGGGAGGAUCCGGUGCGUCCCGCUGCGACCUGAAGGCCAAUCUGCUGAAAGGGGGCUGCAGUACAGAUGAUCUGGAGUUUCCCUCCAGCACCCUGAAUAUUCAGAAGGACUCACCGCUCAGCGACAAGGCCUCUGGCACUGCUGAUGAUGUCACACAGAUAAGGCCUCAGAAAAUCCAUAUUGCACUAAGACCAGGAGACUCCCAGCAUUUCACAGUGUCAGUGAAACAGGUAGAGGAUUACCCAGUGGACCUCUACUAUCUGAUGGAUCUUUCGUAUUCAAUGAAGAAUGACUUGGUUCGCCUUCGCACCUUGGGCAAUGAGCUUGCCGUGACCAUGGGCCGCACCACCAGCAACCUGCGCAUGGGGUUUGGAGCCUUUGUGGACAAGACCAUCUUCCCUUACAUGUACACCCAUCCUCCAGAGGCAUUGGCAAACCCUUGCCAUGGAGAUCAUCAGACUUGUGUGGCUCAAUUCGGGUUCAAGCAUGUGCUGUCACUGACAGAGAAGGUGGCUCGCUUCACUGAGGAGGUUGAGAAACAGCAGGUGUCUAAAAAUAGAGAUGCUCCGGAGGGUGGAUUUGAUGCCAUCAUGCAGGCUGUGGUGUGCAAGGAAAGGAUUGGCUGGCGCCCAGAUGCCUCGCACCUUUUAGUGUUCACCACUGAUGCCGUUACUCACAUCGCUCUGGAUGGACGUAUAGCAGGAAUUGUCCAGCCCAAUGAUGGCCUAUGCCACCUUGAUCAGGACAAUGUUUACAACAAAACUGCUGUGCUGGACUAUCCCUCCUUGGCACAGAUGACAGAGAAAAUGUCUCAAAACAACAUUAAUUUAGUUUUUGCCGUGACCAGCUUUGUGGUGCCACUUUACAAGGAGUACAGUAAGCUUAUUCCAGGCUCAACCGUGGGAUUGCUGUCGGAUGACUCUGGGAAUGUUAUUCAGCUCAUUUCAGAUGCUUAUGCGAGAAUUCGCUCUAAAGUGGAACUGGAGUUAGUGGGAGUUCCAGAUGAGUUGAAUCUGUCCUUCAAUGCCACUUGUCUAAAUGGAGAGGUCAUCCUUGGACUCAAGUCCUGCUCCGGCCUCAACAUUGGAGACACAGUGUCAUUCAAUGUGGAGGCUCAGUUACGUGGCUGCCCGAAGGAGAAGAGCCGCACUUUUACUAUCAAACCUCGAGGCUUUAAGGAUUCCCUGGAGGUAACCGUUGACUUUUCCUGUGGCUGCGACUGUGAGGCGGAGGCCCAAGCCGACAGCCCCCUCUGUAGCGACGGCAACGGGACCUACGAGUGUGGCGUGUGUCAGUGUCACAAGGGCCGUCUGGGCCCAACCUGCCAGUGCUCAGUGGAGGACUACAGUCCGUCUGACGAUGCCAACUGCAACCCAAAGCCUGGGAGCCCAAUCUGCAGCGGGAGAGGCGACUGUUUGUGUGGACAGUGCUCUUGCCAUGACAAUGAGUUCGGCCAGGUGUGGGGCAAAUUCUGCGAAUGUGACGACUUUAACUGCCUGCGCUUCAAAGGGGCACUGUGCUCCGAUCAUGGGAAGUGUGGCUGUGGCAUCUGUCAGUGUGACGCUGGAUGGAAAGGAGAUAACUGUAACUGCUCCACACAAAUAGACACCUGCAUGUCCAGCAUUGGCAUGCUGUGCAGUGGCCGGGGUUACUGUAGGUGUGGGGUUUGUCAAUGCACUCAGCCAGGCGCCUACGGAGACACCUGUGAAAAGUGCCCCACCUGUCCUGAUUCCUGUACUUUAAAAAAGAAGUGUGUUGAGUGUCAGCACUUCAAGAGAGGACAGUACACUGAAGACAACAGCUGCAGUAGAAUCUGCAAAGAUGAAAUUAAAGUAGUGGAAGAACUGGCUUUCCAUGAGAGCAAUGCAGCAGCAGUGAAUUGCUCGUACAAAGAUGAAGACGACUGUGUUGUGCACUUCCAGUAUUACGAAGAUGAAACUGGCAAAUCCAUUCUGUUUGUGAUAAAAGAGCCAGAGUGUCCUCAGGGUCCAGACAUCUUGGUGGUGCUCAUGGCGGUGGCCGGAGCUAUUUUGCUACUGGGCAUCGUGGGCCUGCUCAUCUGGAAGCUGCUGGUCACCAUUCACGACCGCGGAGAGUAUGCCAAGUUUGAGGAAGAGAGAUCCAAAGCCAAAUGGGAUACGGCUAACAAUCCCUUGUAUAAAGGAGCCACAUCCACCUUCACCAAUGUAGCGUACCGAGGCAAUUAACGAUUCAAUACAAUGAGGAAAACUCAGGGGUCAACGACAGAGAUGGAAUGUAGUAGCAGAGAAAUGGGAAGAUCCUAUACUGUAUCUGAAAAGUAGUUCAUGCUGUAAACAACAUGGUGUGUUAUUGUACAUAUUGUAAAAAUACUUAAAACUGGUAAUGUCAGAGAUGCUGGCCUGAUUUUAGGUUUCCUGUUUUUGCCAUAUGUCAUGCAGUUUUCUGCAGAACUGUACAUGCAGUCGUUAAGCAUUGUGGUCUUUUUACAAAGCUUUUCUAUCGUUGCGUUUAUUAUACAAACUGGUUUUAAGAAGCGUAAAGCACUCUUUGGAGUCUGCAUUAACUGCAAAAAGAGAUACAAUUCCCCCGGCCUCUAGGCUGACUUGGUUUACAGUGAUGUUUGUGAUGUAUAUAUAUUUUUUUAAUGGGUAUCAGCAAUGGUUUCGGCAUCAUCCUCUUAUUUGUGUAUAUUGGGCUUUUUUAUUUUUCAUUUAUUUCUUCAUUAAUUGCUGAAUUGUAAACUAUUUACAUUUUUCCACUGACCAGCACUAUUUUAAACUGCAAUGUCAUGUUGUUUAUUUGUGUAUAUAAGCAUACUUGUAUUGCACACAAAAAAUAUAAUGGCAACAAUAUCCUCCAUAUGGAAGAAGAUUGUACAAUGUGAUGUGUAUUUAGGUUGUACAGCUCUGAUCCUCUCCUGGGACAUGACCUGCAAGAUUGCUGCAUAGUUGUCUGUGUUUUUUGUUGCACUUUUUAAGAAUGUCUGGGGUAUUGCUCUAGUUUGUUACACUGAUGGAAGGUAUAAAGAUUAACUUGACAACUUUUGUAUGAUGCCUAACAUUUUGAUUUCUUUAAACAAAUGUCCAAGCUACUUAUUACCUUUAUUGAGUUCUGACUUACAGUACAACAUCCUUAAACACAACAUACUUAUGUUUCAGAUAGAAACAGCUUCAGGAAGACACAGAAAGCUAUUUAAAAUUGUAACAUAAAUUAGAAAGAGAUAUAUACUUAUACAUUUUCAAAGUAUGUCUUUUUGAUUCCCAGUUGACACAGGAAUAACACAAGAAACAAUUAAGGAUUGGUUAGCUACAUUUUUAUAUUCAAUUCAUGCAGGUUCACUAGAUGUAGGUUCACUAUAAUGUGGGUGUUAUAUUAAUAACAUGAAUGUCAGAGUGCAGAGGCAAAAUGUCCUGUGGUCACAGCUGUGAACAUCCAAUCUAGUCAUAGAAUAUUUCCUGUAACAUGGCACACAUCAUUAAGAUUAGACUGUUAUUUCCCCUUCCUGCUCUUGUGAGUGUCAGACAUUCAAUCUGAUAUUGUUGUCACAAAAUGUAGCACUUCCCCUCACAUCCAUCAACAUAUAUCUCUGUCACCACAUCCUGUUCAUCACACUGGCCUGAUGAGUCCAGCUAAUGUGUGCUCCAUCAAGUUGUUUUUAUACAGUUUUUUGGUGAUCCAGUCGUCCUUGGAAAUAAAACGGUACAUCACAA